AUGACAUUUGCUCUCUGUGAUCCGUCGACGGCACAAGGAUACGUGGUUGAGAGCGUCUACACAAGGAUACCCGAUCCCAAGAUAUCGCUCACCGAGAAAGGGAAGGCACAAGCCGAGGCAUGUGGCAACAAGAUAAAACAAAUGAUUGAGAUAGAACACGGACAACACUGGCAGGUUUACUUCUACGUGUUGCCAUAUCGAAGGACCCUUCAAACCUUGCAGCACGUCGCUCGUCCCUUUGAACGUUCUAGAACUGUUGGUUUCAGGGAAGAACCUCACAUUAGGAGUCAUUCAAAAGUGAAUUUUCAAAACAGAGAAAAGAUGCGAGUGGAAAAGGCACUACGACAGCUUUAUGGCUGUUUCUUCUACCGAUUUCCGAAUGGAGAAUCCGCGGCUGAUGUGUAUGAUAGAAUCACUGGAUUCAAAGAGACGUUAAGAACAGAUAUUAAUAUUGGACGAUAUCAGGCACCCGAGGAGAGGAAAAUAGAGAUGAACUUGGUCAUUGUGUCUCACAGCCUAACACUUCGAGUGCUUCUCAUGAUGUGGUACAAGUGGACGGUUCAACAGUUUGAGGGUCUAAACAACUUUGGCAAUGGAAAUAUGCUUGUCAUGGAAAAGGGUCAUGGAGGAAGGCCCAUUGACGUCAAGUUAAGGGAGAAGAGACAUCUAUAA